AUGUUGGAUAUCGAGGAGCCAUUGGUGAAGAGUAAGAAGUAUCCAUUCUUUAAGACUCCGCGCUUGGGUGGAUCACGACGAAUCCGGAACCGACUUGUUCAGAAGCAGGGACUGUGCAACAUCAGUUUGAAGAAUGUGCCAAAGCAACGAAGAAAGUAUUUCUCCGACAUCUUCACUACUGUGAUCGAAAUGAAAUGGCGGUGGUGUUUGUUGUACUUCUCGCUGUCGUUUAUAAUCAGUUGGUCCUUUUUUGCUACACUUUACUUCAUGAUCGCAAAACAACACGGCGACAUCGAACAGGUUGCGAAUGCUACAUGGACGCCAUGCAUUGUUAACGUCCACAAUGAGCUCAACGCGUUUCUCUUUUCAUUCACAACCCAAACAACGAUUGGCUACGGAUUCAGGUAUCCCACCGACACAUGCCCGAUGACAAUAGUCACAAUGUGCUUCCAGUUUAUGUGGGGAGUCAUGACUCAGACUCUCAUGGCGGGUAUCAUCUUCUCAAAACUCGCAAGACCAAUCAAAAGAGCAGCGACAUUGAUUUUCUCGAAAAACGCGGUCAUUUGUCUUCGAGAUGGAAAACUUUGUCUUCUAUUUCGUGUUGGUGAUAUGAGAAAAUCAAGUUUGGCUGAAGCACACGUUCGUCUGCAGAUGAUCAAAAGAUGCGUCACUUAUGAGGGUGAACUUUUACCAUUUCAUCAAUUCGACAUGGACGUUGGAUACGAUCAAGGCCUCGACCGUGUUUUUGUGAUUUGGCCAAUAACAAUUUGUCAUGAAAUCGAUGAACGAAGUCCGCUUUGGGACAUAGGAGCUGAAGACUUGAAAAGUGCAAAGUUUGAAAUUAUCGCGAUACUGGAGGGCGUGGUAGAAAGUGUGGGAUCUACAACACAGGCGAGAACCAGUUACCUACCAUCGGAAAUUUUGUGGGGCCAUAGAUUUGAGAAACUCGUUCAUUACAAAAAAGAAAACGGCCAAUAUAAUAUCGACUUUGGAAAAUUUCACAACGUUUACUCAAUCAACACUCCACAAUGCUCUGCCGCUGAAAUUGAGCGACUCAGGGCGGAAGGACGAUUUAAUGAAUCUGAAUACCAAAUGUACCCGCCAUCUGAUAAUAAAUUGAACCUAUUCGAAAAUGAGGAUUUAAGCCCAGUGCGCGAUUCAAUUGAUCUGAGCAAUCAGGUACCACAGAUUCAAAUCUUGAGAAGAGAUAGUGAUGAAGAUCCUGACGGUGGAGAGGAAAGCCUGGAAUUGGUUGAUCUGGGAAUCCACCACAAGUGCUCGAUUCGAUCGCAAUCCCCAAUAAUCCAGACAGCUCCACAUCUUUUGCCACCGGGUCAUAAAAAUUCGUGCGCAGUUCGAAGAGGCAUGUUGGCACCACCAUCGCACUCGUAG